GACAUAUCGGCUCUUUUGUUUUGACGUUUAUGCGUUGCAAAGUGUAAACAGAAACCGUGUAUUGUAAACUUAGUCAUAUAAGGAAAACAAACAUAUUUCAAAAAAUGCAUGCCAGUCAAUUAAUUAGAAUAUAAUGUUGUUGUUGGCGAUUUUUUUCAUUUUAUGUCCUCUAGAAUUAUAUAGUUUUGAACUGUGUAACGAAAAUGAAAAUCUGAAAUGCGGAAAGUCUACGGAUAAUGUAACAGAUAAUUGUAAAAUACACGUUAAUAACAAUACAGAGGAUUGUCGAUUAUACGACUUUUCAGGUGGCGAUAACGUAAAACUUAAUUUUGGGGAUGUGUUUUUGCAUCUAAUGCCAGAGACGUCUCAGAAUAUUUUAUCGAUGAACGUUUUCCCUACUCUCCGAUGGACUAAAACUUUAGUGAAGUUUUCUGAAUACAACAAACAAAAAUCUUGUAAUAUUUAUAUUGUUGAAAAAUUUAGCAGCUCAUUAGAAACUUUAAGAUAUAAUUGUUAUUGGAAAGAAAAAGCUGGAGACAAAAUAUUGGAUUCAAUUCUAAUAGAAAUUAAUUCAGAAACUGAUGGUCAGCUGGCUCACAAAAAGAUUUUAUUUAACAUCCCAGAUACUUUAUAUUUUAAAAAUUCUGUACCAUUACCAAAACGAAAGAUCUUCUCCUAUAUAGAUUUCACGAAUUCCAAUAGAAUAAUAUUAAAAAUACAACCCUUGGAUCCAAUAUACGAGAUCACUCAUUAUAAAGUAGAAGUUUUCCGAGAAAAAGAAAAACAAAUAAUCAUGUUGGACGUUAGAUUAAUUGCAGCUCACCAAAAAAGUUUCAUAGAUUUUGAGUACACAACUUACAGCGAAGAGGGGUACUAUUAUUUCGCUGUUUCCGUUAUAGGCAAACAUUGCCCCGAAGAUUUUUGUUUUAGAACUUUAACUCCAAAAGUUCAUAUCGCCCGCAAAGGUAGACCUUUAGUUAUCGGAAUCGUCGGUGCCAGCUUUUUGAUUCCCUUUGUGCUUUUCUCCUUUUAUCUAUGGAAUCAUAAAUACAGGAACCAUAGUGGACUUAUCGUCGAGCCAAUAAAAAAAGUUGUGGUCCUUUUCAAACCGUCAUUCGAAAAACACAACGACGUCGUUUCCGGUAUAAUAACCGCCAUAGAACAAUUUUCCGAACCGGAAGUGAUAGUAGAACGAAUUAACUUAUCCAAAGUACAAGAAAAAAGCGUCGAAAAAUUCUGCAGCGACAAUCUGAUCUUGGCCACUCACAUCGUCUACGUAAACCCCCCUUUUGUCGACGACGACGCCCCAGGAUUGGAUUACAUGACGUUCAACUUCCUCAAAGAAGAAACUAAGAAGAAAACCAGCGAUAAAAAAUUGAUAGUGGUCCGUUUAUCUUAUUCGAAGAAAGACGUACCGUCGAUUUUAUCGCCGGCGAUUCAUUUCGAUCUACUACAAGAUUUAUUCGGGUUUAUCAAUAUUUUUAAUACAGUCGAAAUCCAUUCGGAUUAUACUAAACAUCCUGUAUACGUCGAACUGGCGAAGAAGAUUGAGGAGGCGGCUAGAGAGGCGCGUUUUUUGAGAAACGUUCCCGAAAUCGUCGUGACCGACGAAUGCGAGGAACCAACGGAAAUCGAUGGGUUGAUUUAAUCCCUUUUCCUAUGGGAUUUUAUCAUCGGUUUCUAUAGAUUUUUAUUUUGAACUAAAGUUUUUUAUCGAUUCCUAUUGCAUCCCCAUCAAUUGAAUUGAUUAUGAGUAGGUCUUCCGAAUUAGGUUCACGUUGGGGUGUUUUUAAAGAAAAAUAUUUUAUUUUGAUGAUGUAUCGGUCAAUUUAGGAUCUAUUUGGUCUUUGGUGCUUUUAAAUGCUAUAAAAACCAUUCCAUUUAUUGGAAAUUGUUCAAAAUGGGCGUGUCGUGAUUGGAAACGGCCUCUAAACUUGGUAUUAUGUCUAGUGAAUUAUUAAAAUAUACAAAAAGAUUCUUUUCAAUCUAAAAUACUUAUAUUUCAUGACAUAUCUGACAAUUAUCAAUCAAUUUGGGUUAUAUUUCAUCUUCAUCGAUUUCUGUAUUGAAUUAUAUGUAUUAGUUGGAUAAAAGAAUCAUCCUGUAAGAUUUGAUAAUGAUUUCGUUGCUUUUGUGCAUCUAAAAUCCACUUCAGGUAGUUGCGUUCAAGAUAUUUUGAAAAAAACCCUUCGAGUGCCCUUUGAAUUGUUAAAGUAUACAAAAAGACAUUUUUUUUAUUAAAAAAUUUUAUUUUUAAUGAAAUAUUUAGAGCUAACAAUCAAUUUGAGCUCUACUUGGUCUUUAUCAUUUUAUUUAUUGAAUUACAUGUAUUAUUUAUAUAAAAGGAUCUUCCUGUAAGAUUUGAAAACGAUUUCGGCAGCUUUGAGCAUCUAAAAUCCUCUUUCGAGGUAGUUGGGUUCAAAAUAUUUUCAAAAAAACCCUUCCAUUUAUCAAAAAUUGUACAAAAUGACUAUGUGAUGUCUAAAAAUGGCAAUUUUUACAAUUUAUAACCUUAUAUUGCGCCCUUUGAGUUGUUAAAGUAUACAAAAAGGCAUUUUUUUAUUAAAAAAUUUUAUUUUUAAUGAAAUAUUUGGAGCUAACAAUCAAUUUGAGCUAUACUUGGUGUUUAUCAUUUUCUAUAUUGAAUUAAAUGUAUUAUUUGUAUAAAAGGAUCAUCCUGUAAGAUUUGAUAAUGAUUUUGUGCAUCGAAAAUCCACUUUCGGGUAGAUGAGUUCAAGAUAUUUUGAAAAAAAACCCUUUCAUUUAUCAAAAAUGACUCUGUGAUUUCUAAAAAUGGCAAUUUUUACAAUUUAUAACUUUAUAUUAUGCCCUUUGAGUAGUUAAAGUAUACAAAUAGGCAUUUUUUUAAUGGAAACUCUUAUUUUGAUAACAUAUCUGUAAUUAACAAUCAAUUUGGGCUGUAUUUGGUCUUUAUAAUUGUCCAAACUAACUUUAUACCAAAUAUAUAUAUCGAUAAAGUUGAAAAAUUGUCCAAAUUUUAACUUUAUCAACUUUGUUCUUUGUGGAAAAUAAAAAAAAAUCAUCAAGUUACAUAUAUUCUAACAGAUUACAGUUUUUUUAAUAAAUACAUAAUUUUUCCAAAAUUAAACUGACAAAUACAAAAACUCAAUCAAUUCGUUAUCAUAUUAAAAAUACAAGUAAAUUAACGAAGUCAUGUGGGUAAAAUGUCGAAGUACAUACCUGUACAAAAAAAUAUAAUUAUGAAUAUAUAAUAACAAGUUUAAUAGUACAAAUCAACUGAAAAAUACUUUGACACAAGUUGAAAUAUUAACAAAAUGGUGAAUUUCCAUAUCAAAUUAAUAUUUUUAGGGCUUACCCGAGAAGAAAAUCACAAUUUUAUCAAAAAAUCUUGCUAUAAACCAACACUUGCACACCUACCUUAGUCAUCACCAAACUGAACCUGUUAAACGCAAUUUGAAUUAGACCUCUAACGGCGUACGAACAAAACACAAAAACUGUUGCCAAACGUAUCGAUUUAUACUUGUAUUUGACGACUUUAUGCUUCACAAUUUUUCUUUAUUUAACCGCCCUGUAGAGGAGGAGCUCAAUUUUUUUCUAGAAUCUCUUUAAUUCAAACUUUCUGCCUUGGGAUUGUUCAUGAAUGUAUUUUUUAAAUAAUUUUUUAUAUAUAAUUUAAGGUUUUUUGAAUGAGGGAACAACAAAUGCUUCUUUUUAAGACUGACAUAUAAAAAAAAAUGUUUGUUAUAUAUGUGCUUGAAUAACUUUGUAGUAAUAAAUGUUUACCGUUUUUUUUUGUUA